AUCCCUUAUCCAGCUGAGAUCAGUAACACGUGGGACCAUGAAAGUCUUGAUUGGAAUCCUGUUGGUAGCCUUGGUGGCUGCAGAGCAGAAACGUUCAGCUGACCCUGGAAUUGGCUAUGGGGGACUUGGAGGCCUUGGCCUAGGAGGACUGGGUUAUGGUGGCCUUGGAGUUGGAGGCUUGGGUUAUGGAGGUCUGGGCUAUGGAGGGCUCGGGCAUGGUGGUCUUGGCUACGGCUUAGGCCUUAAUGGUGGAUACGGAGGUGGAUAUGGAGGCUAGGUGGCCUCUUGAGUGCUGGGAACUAUGCCAAUGGAUACAGCCACUCCACUGGAUACAACCAUGGAAACCACAUUGGAAACCAAUAUGCGGUCUGGGUGGGCUCUCACAUGGCCAUCUUAAUAAACACACGCUCGGCAAACGAAGUGCUGAUCCUGAACCAGGUUUAGACCUAUGAAGGACUUGGUGGACUUGGCGGACUUGGAGGACUA